UGACAGGGCCGCGGUGGUGAGGGGAGGGGGGGGCUACGGGAGUCAGCGAGUGAUUGGUUCAUUGCUUGAUUCAUUCAGCGACCGUUUCCUCAGUGCCUAGUAAAGGCCGGGCACCCCUGUGUUUCACAGUAGUCUGUUCACAAUAGCCCUGUGAGUAGGUACUACGAUGCUCUUUGUUUUACGGAGAAAGAAAGAAUAGAAAGGAUGGGAAACCUAACCAAAGUCACACAGUAAAGUGGAGGGAUCCUUUUUCUUUUUUCGUUUUUUCGGCAUAACGUUUAUGCCUUUCCAACAAACGCACCCUACAUUUAUCACUUUGCUGGCUCACUGUCUGUAUCUCCCCUGCUAAGAGUAUGGCUCCGCAAGAUGGCGGAACUCUGAAGUUUUGUUCACGUAGAACAGUAGAACCCGUAGAACAGUAGAACAGGCACACAGUAGGCCCUGACCUCUUACGAAACGAAUAAAAGCGGCAGAGCAGGCGGUCAGUUUCGUUCCAGAGCCCAGACCUUAUCGGGCGGUAAUUCAGCUCUUACUGAAUGUCAAUUCUUAAAACUACAGUGAGGCACUGUGCCUUAUGGUGGCAAGGAAAACUUUGGGGUUUUCCUCAACUUCGCUCCAUCAUGGAGGUUGCUAAUUGCAUCGCCUGUGUGGUCAUUGCCUUUCCAGGGUCAGGGUUCAUAACUGAGCCCACAGCUCAGCAGCUUGACACCAGCUGAUCUGCCAUGGGCUUCCUUAGACUACAGAAGACCCAGCCUGAGGCCUCAGAAGGAGUAAAUGAUAUUGUGAAAAAUGAAAAAAUGCAAGUAAAUAAAAGAGGAAAGGUGGAAUUACCACUGGAAGAUCUCCAUCCUUUGUCAGGGCAGAGCCAGAUGGCCGUGUCCCAGGAAAUGUUGACCUUCAGGGAUGUGUUUGUGGACUUCACCCUGGAGGAGUGGCAGCAGCUGGACGCCACUCAGAAGAACCUCUGCAGGGAUGUCAUGCUGGAGAACUACAGCCACCUUGUCUCCGUGGGAUUCCUCGUGGCCCAACCAGGUAGGAUCUCCAGGUUGGGACAAGGAGAAGAGGAGGCCAGGAUGGCAGCUGGAGAAAGCGCAACACGGAGGUGUCCAGAAUUCUGGCAAGUUGGUGACCCAAUAGAUAAUCAUAAGGAAAGCCAAGACAAACCUCUGUGGCAAGCUGCAUCCGUUGAUAAGGAAACACUGAAGGAUGGAAGUGGCCCAAAAUUCAGAACAUACGGAAAAAUCAUUUAUCCAAGCACAAACUUUGUUUCUAUAAGACAAAGACUCCCUAAAUAUGAUUCAUGGGGAAAGUGUUCAAAACAUAAUUUAAAUUUUCUUAGUCAAAGUAGAAGCUAUGUAAGAAAGAAAGAUGAUGAAUGUAAGGCAUAUUGGAAAUUAUGCUUCCAUUCUAAUCUUGAUAAAGCUCAACCUGGAGAGAAAUUCUUUGAGCCUAAUGAACAUGGAAAAGCCCUCCACCAUAAGCAAUUCCUUAAUAAAAGUCCAAGAAUUCAAACUGGGGAGAAAUUCUAUAAAUGUUCUGAAUGUGGAAAAGUAUUUAUCCAGAAAGCAAACCUUGUUGUACAUCAGAGAACUCACACCGGAGAGAAACCUUAUGAAUGCUGUGAAUGUGCAAAAACCUUCAGCCAAAAGUCAACCCUCAUUGCACACCAGAGAACUCAUACAGGGGAGAAGCCGUAUGAAUGCAGUGAAUGUGGGAAAACAUUUAUCCAGAAGUCAACUCUGAUUAAACAUCAGCGAACUCAUACAGGAGAGAAACCAUUUGUAUGUGGUGAAUGUGCAAAAGCUUUUAAGAGUUCAUGUCACCUUAUUAGACAUGAAAAAACACACAUUAGACAAGCAUUUUAUGAAGCUAUCAAACGUGGUAAGUCCAGCCUUACACAUCAAAGGACUCAUACAGAUGAGAAACCUGAGUGCAAUAAACAUGGGAAAGCCUUUGAUGAGACGCCCACCCCCAUUAAACAUCAAGGAACUCAUACAAAAGAGAAACCUUAUGAGUGCAGUAAAUGCGGAAAAGGCUUCAGGGGAAAGUCACACCUUUCUAUUCAUCAGAGAGUUCAUACAGGAGAGAAACCCUAUGAAUGCAGCAUAUGUGGGAAGACUUUCAGUGGAAAAUCACACCUCUCUGUCCAUCAUAGAACUCAUACAGGAGAGAAACCUUAUGAAUGCAGAAGAUGUGGGAAAGCAUUUGGUGAGAAGUCAACCCUUAUUGUACAUCAGAGAACUCAUACAGGAGAAAAACCCUAUAAAUGCAACGAAUGUGGGAAAGCCUUCAAUGAAAAGUCACCACUGACUAAACAUCAGAGAAUUCAUAGAGAGAGACCCUAUGAAUGCAGUGACUGUAGGAAAGCAUUCAGUAGGAAGUCAGCUCUCAUUAAACAUCAGAGAAUUCAUACAAGAGAAAAACCCUAUGAAUGUAGUGAAUGUGGCAAAGCCUUCAGUGCGAAAUCAACUCUCAUACAUCACAGAACUCAUACAGGAGAGAAACCUUAUGAAUGCAGAGAAUGUGGCAAAGCCUUCAGUGGGAAGUCAACUCUCAUUAAACAUCAGAAAAGUCAUACAGGAGAGAAAACCUAUUAAGAUACUUUACUGUGAGAUAAUUUCACUAGUUACACCUCAUUAUAUUAUAUAUCAAUUCAUCCUGGGGAGUAACCUUAUAAAUAUCAAAAAGUGUCAAAAACUCU